AUCUUAUCUGUGAUAAUAGUACACUGUUUUAGUGUUUCCGUUAAAUACUUGAUGUUUAAAUAAAUUAAUAAUUUUAAUUAACAAUUUAUAUAUUUAUUCGAUUUUCUUAAAUUAUUUAAUUUACUUCAUAUGGAUUUCGGCAAAUAUAAUGUGUACACUAUAUCAGACUCUGAAAAUGAGUCUGUAAUUUUAGAAAAUUGUCCCAGUCCUAAAAUUAAUUGUUCAAAUUUUAAACGUGACCUUUCUCCAGAUGAACCAGAAUUUUUUCAUCAAGUUCUCAAAAACCAAAAAAAAGUUAAUUUAGAAACGCAUAAUUCAAAUGAUAGUUUGCUGAUUUCUGAAAGUUUAACUAAAGAUAAUCAAAAUUUUGAUGAUGUUUGUAUCAUAACAAACAAUGAAAAUUUAAUGUCACAUAAAGUAAAAUCAAAAAAAAGAAAAGUUGUUGAAGACAAUCACAUGACUGAACUAAAUUUACCUGUUUAUGGAUUGCAGACAUUGGAUGAACCAAAAAAAAGAAAACGGCUAACAAAAGAUGAAAUAGCUGCAAAAAAGUUAGAAGAAUUAAAAAGGAGAAAUGAAAGAAAACUUAUAAUUGAGUCUUUAAAACGAAUAAAACCUAGUGAAUGUAUAAAAUACAUUACAGUUCACAUUGAUGCUAAUAUUCAGAUUUGUGAGUUUAGUGAAGAUAUAUUGAAUGAAUUAAAAUCUAAUGGUAUGCAAUACAAAGUAGAUAUAAAUCCAAAUGCUCCUUACUCAAUUACUUGGUCCAGAUGUAUUACUGAUAAUAUUGUAGAAAUUGAUAACUAUAUGCUUUUAAUUUGGAACUUCGAAAUUAUUAAAAAUUUAAUAUCAUCAAAUAGGUUGAUAGAAAAUAUAAAUAAAUUUAAGCCUUACAAAAAUCAUAUUUCUCUUAUGAUAUAUGGGUCUGUUGAAGAAUUCAAGAAAACUAAAUCUCGAAAAAAAGGAACAUUCAAUAAAACAAUAAUGCUGAAAAAUCUUGACCAUAUGAUGUUAAGCUGCGGUGUAUCAUUUCGUUUGGUAGAAACAAAAAAUGAAGUAGGAUCAGCUGUAUCUCAUUUGACAAAAUCUGUUGCUCAAAAGCCAUAUAAAUUAAAUAAAUAUAAAGAAGAAUUAGAAGGUUGUGAAUGGUAUGCUUCUGGUCAUUCAAAAAAUUGUGUUUCUGUUGAUAAAUUUGGUACAGGUUUGAAUCAGCUUUGGAGGCAACAACUUUCUCAAUUUCCAUUGUGUGCUCUUGAAGCAAGUGAGGCAAUUGCUUCUAUAUAUGAAACACCUCUACAAUUAUUAGAGGCCUAUGAAAGUUGUAACUCAAAAUUAGAAGGAGAAUUAUUGCUUCAAGAUAUACCUGUUCGUAGAGGGUUUGGACCUUUAGCUGUUACAAGGCGUGUUGGACCUGAACUCAGUAAGAAAAUAUUUUUAUUUUUUACUGACACAACAGGACAAGCAACUAUAUUUAAAGAAUAAAUAAACAGUAUGAUUACUAUUUAAAUAAAAACUUAAUUUUGUUUAUUUCUCUGUAAAAUUUCAUAAUGUCAUUUUUGUUAAUAUUUUUUUGUUUUAAUAUUGAUUAUAUUAUAUUUAUAGAGUGA